AUGAACAAGAGUUGUGUUGCCUGUGCCGCGUCCAAGAUCCGAUGUGACGUCAAACAAAAGGGGUCACCAUGCUCGAGAUGCCUGCAAAAAGGCUCCCCGUGCGUGAGAGCCGGGCGGAAGCAGAGGCCACGAAGAUCCACGAAAAGCCGUUCUACUCAAUCGCCACAAACGGGCGGCGAGGACGUGCCAUAUCAUAGUCAAAGUCCAGACUGGGCGGCAUUGAAUGUUCAACACGAUGACCUCUCAUUUCUGGCCACACCGCCGGUCGAUGGACCCGACUUUUUCUCUCAGUUGGCAGACCUCGAAAACAUGGUCGACAUGAGUUCGUGGAGCUGGAACCCAGAUGGUCAGACAUCGACCUCCGGCGAUAUCACUGCGACCCAAUCACAUCCCACGGCGCUGGUUUCUUCACCCAUAGAUUCAGAGCUCUCGGGGAGUUGUGAAGGUCUAAUCUGCCCUGACAAUUUUCGGCUGCCGGCCGAGUAUACCCUGGAAUUAGAAAGCCUAGGAACUAUUCCCGUGCUCCGACUGGAGACAUACGCAAAGCUGUUCUUUUCUCACUUCUAUCCAUUUCUUCCUCUACUGCAUAUUCCUACAUUUUGUCUGGCCAGAGCGUCGGGCGUGUUGCUUCGAACAAUAUGCUUCAUCGGCGCUGGUUUUGGCAGUCACCCCUCAUCCACCGCUGACGCAAAGCUACUCUACGGAUCCCUUCCCUCGAUCCUGGCCAAAAGCUGUCUGCGUACGGAUGGCCGGUCGCCAACAUUCGAAGAACUGCAAGCGCUAGUUCUUUUGCAGUUCGCGAUUAUGGCGAAUGGUGAAGUCGCCCAGCGGGCUGCCUCACGAUUGUUACAUCCACUCCUCAUCGCCGCCAUCCGGCAAGCAGGCUUCCUCAAAAUUCACGGGGAGUGCUCCAAAGCGGCACGAAAUGCACGAUCUUGGGAAGCCUGGAUCCGCAAGGAGUCAGAAAAGAGAGUUAUGUGGGGGAGUUAUGCCGUGGACUGCUACCAAUCAAUACUUUGUGGCAGCAAGCCCCUCCUCUCGCCAACCGAUACCAGAGCAUCUUUUCCUUGCAAUGACCCGAGUUGGAAUGCCUACUCUGCAUCUUCGUGGGCUCAGCUUCCAGCACAGGAUCCAUCGAGCUGCUUUCUAUCCUCGGUGAGGGGUUUGCUGGUCGGUCAGGUCACCUCGACAUCACACGUAACGACAUUUGGGUUGAACCUGCUAGUCUUAGCAAUGCAUUCACUCCUACUGGAAGCCCAGACUUCAAUACUGCCCGUGGAUGUGUCUGCUCUAGAACGAGGAUUGCAGACAUGGUAUGGCAUUUGGAAGCAAUUCACAGCCCCUUCCGCCGAUUUUUCCAAUAAAGGAGCUGGAAAUAUCCUCAUCUCAAAUAGCCUAUCUCUGUAUCGUCUGGCGGUUUACUUUCUCAGAAAUGGACGCCCAGUGCUCAAUGAAGCGGCUUACAUGGGGCAGUCCACGAAUGCUGGAAAUCCUCUCAUCAUUAAUGAGCACAUUUAUCAGUGUGAGAUGAUGCGAUUUGUGCAGCAAGUUCUGAGUGACUUCCAGAACGAGGAACAAGUCGCACCGAUGGUGUCUUAG